AUGGCUUUAUUAGAAGAUCCAAUAAUUCAACGUAUUCUUGAUGAAGUUAAUAAAGCUGCUACUGGUGGUGUAUUAGGUAUGGCUGGUAAUUAUAUAUCAAAACCAACAGAAUCAAUAACACCAUUUGAAUCUCAAUUAUUAUCAUCCGAAAAUAAUUUUUUUAAUCAAGAUCAAAUAUCACUUUUUUAUCCAACAUCAGACAUGUUUGGUAUUGAUGAAUUAACAGAUUUUGAUCAAAAUAUUGAUUUAAAUUCAAUGCCAUCUAUGGUAUCAAUGACAAAAUCAAGUAAUUUUGAUUAUUAUAGUACAGGUUUAUAUAAUACAAUGCCAAAAAGUUUUUUAUCACCUUUUGAAAAUUAUAAUGAUAUGACAAAAAUAGAUCCAAAACAUCAAAUAUCAUAUAAUAAAUCGACACAUGGAACAUCAAAUGUUUCAUCAACUAAUAAUGAUAUGUUACUUGAAAAUCGUCAUCAACAACAACAACAAGAAUAUCACACAAGUCCACUACCAUCAAUAGCAACAAAUGUACCAAAUCUUGGUUUAAAUAUUCGUACAACACCACAAUUAGAUCCACUAUCAAUUGAUACUGGUAAUUCAAAUGAAAUUCCAUUAACAUCUGAACAAAUUUCUAAUGAAAUAAAAAAUAUAUCAACAAUGAAUUUAAUUAAUGAUAAAGAAGAUACAAAUUCAUUACCAUUAAAUAAUAAUAAUAAUAAUAAUGAUAUUGAUCAAGAUAAUUCAAAUUCUCCUGGAAAAAUUUUUUAUGAUCCAAAUCCACAAAUAAUUCAACGUAAAGGUUCACAUUCUGUAACUUAUAAACAAAAUAUAAUUGUUCGAUUUUUACAACCACCACCAAUUCCUAAUGCUGGUCCACUUAUAAUCAAAGAAGUACGUGCUCCACAACCUUCGCCACUUCCACCACUUGUUAUUAAACAACGUCCAACUCCACCAAAAACGCCACCACCACUUAUUAUUCGAGAAAAACCACCACCACUUCCAUCAACAUUUGCAACAAAAGUGAUAACACGACAAUUACCACCUGAACAAGCUCCACCACGAGCUGUUAUUAUUGAACGUUUACCACCAUUACCACCUAAACCACGUGAUAUUAUUAUUGAACGUUGGUUACCUUAUGAAGUCGUUAAUCAAAAACGUAAAGUUAUUGUACAACGUGCACCAAAGGCUUCUAAAGAACAUCCACCACCGAAAAAUGUUAUCAUAACUUAUGAACCAGUUCAUGCAAAAAUUGUUCGAAAUUUUCAAAAACAAAAUAUUAUUCGUGAAGAUCCACAAGCUUAUUUAAAACGUUAUGGUUCACAAUUAUAUGAUCCUAAUCUUGUUAUACAACAAGCUCGAGCUGUUGGUGUCAUUGAAGAUCUUAAUCCACCAGGAUCUUUUAUUUCAACAAUUACAAAUAAUGCUACUACAAGUACAGAUUUUGAAAUACAAACAACAAAUGAACAUCAACAAGAACUAAAUAAUAUUGAACAUAACGAACAAAUUGAAGAAAAUAUUAAACCUAUAGAACAAGAACAAGAAGAAGAAAUUUUUCAAGCAUCAACACUAUCACCUAUUCAUAUUGAUGAAAAUGGUCAAGAAGAAGAUGUUUUAGUAGAAGAAAAUGUUACGCCAUUUUAUAUGACCACAGAUGAAAAUCUUCAACAAACACUUCAUCGUUUAGGCAUUGAUUUUCUACAAAAUACAAAACUUGAAAAUCAUUUUUGA